AUGUUGCUAGAUGUCAUGGCGGGCCAAAAUCCCGCCGACAGCCAAUCUGGCCAAGAACUUGUUCCUAUAAGUGAGGGUACGGCUACUACCGCUGCAUCUCCACCAAAACCCAGCCCAGGUGUUGAUAACGGGAAGCAACAGGCCGAAAAUCCUGAUAUCCCUCCACCCAAAACAGAUAAACCUCGUCCUCAUGUUUGCACGACUUGCGGUAGAUGCUUUGCGCGUCUAGAGCACUUGAAGCGCCAUGAGAGGUCUCAUACCAAGGAAAAGCCUUUUGAAUGUCCAGAAUGCACAAGGUGUUUUGCACGGAGGGAUCUCCUUUUACGGCAUCAGCAGAAGCUUCAUAUGACUUCCACUCCUUCAUCGCGCCCGAAAAAUCCAAGGAGAGAGAGCACCAGCGGUGCUGGACCCAGUUCAACUCGGGUCCGCAAAAAUUCCAUUGCAAAUAGUGGAAAUAGUGGCGGUAGUAGUAGUAGUAUGAGACCCCGAGCCAAUACCAUUAGCCAUCUUGAUCGUUCAUCGCUCGGGAUCUUAGGGGUUGGAAACUCCAGUAGCUCGAGACCGCCUCAUCCUACCCACACAAACCACCCUAGCCUAAGUUCGAUACCAGGACUUCCAAACUACGAGUUCCGGGCACACCCUUCUGAGCCGCUCGUUAGCAACGGCUUGACCAAACUCGAUACUGGUAUUCCGAUGGACUUGUCAAGUGGUCUUCGCACGGCACCCGUUUUUGGUAGUUUCAAUGAAUCGCCUUUUGGCGACGUAAUGUUAAACCAGGGGAGUAAUAAUACCAUUAACCCCGCUCAAUUACACUUUGGGUCGCCUCACCCUUUUGGUACCGAUACCCCAACAUCGCCAUUUCACCCAGCAUUUUCAACCAUGGCAACAUCUCAGAGCUUGAUUGAUGAAGAUCUCAACCCCGAAUGGUUGCAUGGAUUUGAGAACAAUAUGACAUUCGCCAAUACGAAUGAAUCUGCUAUCGACGGUUCGUCUCCUUCAGCUAUGAGUACGGGAAGUCAAAGUGGGAUCAGCGAUGUUAUGUUUGAUGGAUCAAACAAAGUCGCGACCAGUUCCUCAGGGCCGUGGCCAAAUCCAUUGCUUGUCCAAACCCAAACACCGACCAAUCAGUUCAAUAUAGAACUCUCAUCGCCGUUCACGGAUAUGCAACCUGAAACAGUCUCACCCAAGUCAUUGGCAGUUGCACAGAACCAGUUUUCGGACCAAUCAUUUUCAACACCGCCGUCCAUGUCCUCGAUAGGGCAGUCCAGAUUGUCUGGGGUACCAAAUAACAUGUUCCAUCCCCCAAUGGUUACUGACGGAGAUAUAGGGGAUGCUACUACUACCACUGUUAGGCACAAUACCUUUAUGCCGGAUUCCACCUCACCAAUGUCGACAGAAACUUCUACCGAUUCUCCUCGUCAUUCCCUCUUAUCUAGUUUACAACAGCCCACUGCUAUCCCUAAUCGUCGAUUCUCUCAAUCCUCUCACAAUUGCCCAUUGUCGGGCUCUGGUGCCCUUCCCCGUCAACAUUCCUUCAGCAUUAACUCAUACACUUUGCCCAGUACGAUUGACCUCCAACGCUACAUUGCAGCAUAUGUCAAUUAUUUCCACCCGCACAUGCCAUUCCUUCACAUACCAACUUUGGAUUUUGAUGCUCCCGAGUACUCAAGUAGUCUGAAGAAUCCCAAUGGACUUGGAAAUUCCGGCUCAACCACUAUUGCGAAUGGAGGUGGAUGCUUGAUUUUAUCUAUGGCAGCCAUUGGUGCCCUUUAUGAAUUCGAAACGGCGACGUCUAAGGAACUCUUCGAGUCAGCGAAGAAAAUGAUUCAAGUGUACCUUGAACAGCGACGAAAAGCAGACGUGUCGGUCAACCUAAACAGAGCAAGUUCUCCACGCGACAAUUCCGUUCACAAUACUCCACUAUGGCUAGUUCAGACUAUGCUUUUGAAUGUUAUAUAUGGACAUAAUAGCGGUGACAAAACUUCAGCAGACAUUGCAAGUACUCAUUGUGCUGCUUUGGUUAGCUUAGCUAGAGCAGCGGAAUUGAUUCACUGCUUACCAGCCGAGAACCUCCCACAAGAUCAACUUGGAUAUAACCCCGGCGGGAAUGAUAUCCAUGUGGAUGGGAUGAAUUCACAGGCGUGGCAUGACCAUAGGGAAUGGAUGAAAUGGAAAAUAGUGGAAGAGCGAAAAAGGACUCUCUAUGCCAUUUUCACGUUGUCCAGCCUUUUAGUCUCUGCCUAUAACCAUGCCCCAGCACUUAUGAAUUCGGAAAUUCGAUUGGAUUUGCCCUGUGACGAACAGCUUUGGGCUGCGGAGUCUGCUCAGGCUUGGGCAUCAUCGGGGGGAGCUACGGCUCACCUCAGAGGAAUACCAUUCUCUAUAGCCCUGACUACACUUCUUACGGCCAGUCAUCGACGACAAUCGGGUUCACCAGCGCAGUCGCAUUUUACCACUGGCGCCACCGGUGAAGAUCUUCCGCAGAGUGAUUUGAAACCUAGUACAUUCGGUUGUUUAGUGCUGAUACACGCUUUGCACAACUAUAUCUGGGAAACUCGACAACGGCAUAUGGGCCGUCCAUGGACACCGCAAGAAACGGAAGCGAUGCAUGCACAUAUCGAACCUGCUCUUAGGGCUUGGCAAUCGGCAUGGAGCUCCAACCCUAGACAUAGUCUUGAACGACCAAAUCCUUACGGACUUGGGCCUCUGUCAGCGGAUAGCAUUCCUCUCUUGGAUCUCGCAUAUGUUAGAUUGUUCGUAAACUUGGGUCGUUCGAAAGAAGCUUUUUGGCAAAGAGACUGGAAUGGUAUGGCAGAUGAACUCGCACGAGGAGUGGAAAUCAUUCCACAUAUGAAAGAGUCUGCGUCAUCUAGUACUGACUACCCUUUCCCGGAUCAGCUUGCUGUGGGAAACCAACCCGCAGGCAGACGAGUUUCGAUUUCUGAGUAUGGUGUAGGCGAUCUGUCACUCAUUGGAAAUCCGAAUCAAGAGCACAGUAUGCAAAAUAAUCUUUCACAGCGGCAGAUUGCAGCAACGCGACGCGAACGACAUCUUCGAAAAGCAGCCUUCUACGCUGCAGAUUCUAUCUCGAUGUCGGACAAGCUGGGCAAUACAUACGCUGAGUUCACGUCGCGGGAACUUCCCAUCCAAAGCGCCAUGUGUGCUUUUGAUUGUGCCCAAGUCUUGGCUGAAUGGGUCACUACAAUUCAGGAGCGGGUUGGUCCAUAUCUAGGAAUCCUGGGACAGGAUGCGAUAGAUUUGACCCAGGUUCCUGGAAUAAUGCUUUUGGAAGACGAGGAUUACAAGUUGAUUCAAAAGAUACAGGAGAUACUUAACAAUGUUGAAGCGAAGAUGAAGAAUGCUUCGCAUCAUCCUGGUAAUUCUGGCAACGAGCCAUCAAGCCGUCUUCCAAGUUUGGUCGGUGGUGGUUUUGGGACGAAGAUCUUGUUCUCGACGGCCUAUCUUUUGGAUCAGGCUGCUGUUUGGCCUAGUGAGUAA